AUGUAUAUGUAUAAAAUUGUCAAUAUUGGUCAAGUCUAUGAGAAAUCUUUAAUUAAAUUAAAUUACAAAAGAUCUAGAAUGUCAUAUGAUAAAAUAGGGAUGAAUAAUACAUCAUCCAAUAAUAAUAACAACAGUGGCAAUGGAAAUGGCAAUGAAACUAUACACGAAACAACAACAACAACAACAAUAUUAGGUGAUUAUAGUGUAUCAUCAAGUAUAUCAACAUCACCUUUAUCACCUGUUGUUCCAACUACUACUACAGCUACAACAACUAAUCGUAACAACAAUAAUAACAACAGUAUGAAUAGUAAUGACUUUGUAUCAAGACCAUUGGUUGUACCUGCUAUUUCACCACUUUUAACACCUCAACAGCAUUCUAUUGGUUUGAAUAUGAAUAGUAACAAUAUUGGUAAUAGCAAUGAUAUUGUUGAGGAUGAAGAUGAAGAUGAAGAUGUAGAUAUGACAUCUACGACAACAACAACUACAACAACUUCAACAUCAACAACAUCAACAACAACAACAGUAGCAACAGCAAUAUCAAGUCCAAGUCCAACUUCAAACACAAAUUCACUAGCUUAUAUUUAUGAAACAAUACCAUCACCUUCUUUUAUGAGUAGUAGUAGUAGCAAUAGUAAUAGUAAUAAUCAAAACAGUAGUAAUAGUAUCAAUAUUAGUAACAACAACAACAACAACAAUAAUAACAAAAAUAACAACAACAAUAAUAGUAGUAGUAAUAAAAAUAUGUAUAGAAAUAAUUUAAAUACAAAUGUAUCGAUAGAUGAUAAAGAAAUCAAUUUUAUGGUAUUACAAUGGCUAUCUAGGUUGUCUGUACCUGACAAUCUGUUUGAUGAUCUCUUUAACUAUAUGAAUUCAAUCGAUUCACUUCCAGAGAGAACAGACUGGCUUGGAAAUACUCAUAAGCAUAAUUUCAAUGAAUUGAGAGAUAAAUAUAAACAUUGUAAAUCAGAUCAUUUAAAGCAAUUAUGUCAUUCAUUGUUAACGAUACAGAGAGAACAAGGUCAUCUUUCACAACUACCUUUUCAAACCAAUACAAUUCUUGGUGAUGGUUAUUAUUCAUUGAUUUCAAAUAGAUCAAACAACAAUAACAAUAGCAGCGGCAUUAAUAACAACAAUGCCAAUAUAUAUUCAUCAAAUACAAGUACACCAAUAUCAAGAAAUUUAGAUUAUAAUCUUCAAUCAACUCAAUUGAAUUCAAAUAAUGCACAUCAAUAUAGAAUCUCUGGACUUGUACCUAUGAUGUUACAAGAUUCAUCAAAUGCGGCAACUUCAUCAACAAGUCUAAUAAAUCAACAACAACAACAGCUACAACAUAUAAAUAAUAAUAAUAAUAAUAAUAAUGUAUUUAAUAUUAAUAAUAAUCAAACAUCUUUACAAUUACCAACAACAAUAACAACAUCUUUAAUACAAUCAAAUUCAAAUUCACCAUUUAUAAAUACAACGCCAAAUUUUAAUAGUAAUAAUAAUAAUAAUAAUAGUUUAAGUAUUAAUGAAAUUAAGAAUAAUAUUAGAAUUAAAACAACAUUGGAUGAGUUAUCAAAACGAAGAAAUGCAUCAACCAUACAGAAAUACGCAAACUCUAAAUUCAAUAUUGAGGAAUGUCCAAUAGGUGUAAAGAUGAUUGCAUCAGAGAUUGAUUAUCUAUCACCAAAGUAUUGUAGAUCAAUACCAUACUCUAUGGUUAAAGAGUAUAAACAAAUACUUGGAGUUCAAGGUCAUCGUGCACCAACCUACUGUUUCCUUUAUGAUAAAACUGGAAAGAUAUUUAUAACCGGAUCGGAUGAUCAUCUUGUAAAGAUAUGGUCAUCUUAUACAGGUAGAUUAUUAUCAACAUUUAGAGGACAUGGAGGUGAUAUCACAGAUAUGUCUAUAAAUUUCGAUAAUUCAAUGUUGACAUCGGCGGCCAAUGACAAUAUAAUUCGUGUUUGGAAUAUUAAUAAUGCUGCACCGAUCGCUGUACUAUUUGGACAUGAAAUGAAUAUAAAGAAUUCAAUUACAUCGAUUUCUUUUUGUCCUUCACCAGAUCGUAAUAUUAUACUUAGUUCUGAUUCUUUCGGUGUUUGUAGAUUAUGGGAUAUAGAUCAAUUAGAUAAAUCUGUUGUAUUACAAGAAGCAUCACAUUCAUCAGUAUGUUGUGCAAUGUUUAGUAAAGGUGGAAAUUUAAUUGCGGUUGGAAGUGGAAAUCAAUUGAAAAUUUGGUCACUUGAAUGUUAUCCUCCAGUUUUAGUGAACACUCUUGAAGGACAUACUUCUGCCAUUAGAUUGAUGCAAUAUGGUAAUAAGAGUGAUGCUAUUAUCUCUGGUUCUGAAGAUGGUGUUAUAAAUAUUUGGAGAAAUACAUACGGUCAUAAUUGGGAGAAACUAUCGUUCAAUGCAAGAGGUAAUCAGUUGAAUAAGAGACUGAAAGCAAAGUUGAGAACUGUUAUAUGGUCGUUGGAUGACCGGUAUAUUAUAUCGGCGGAUCAUGUCAUUCGUGUUUGGAAUGCAAAGGAUGCGACGUUGCAUUGCGAGUUGACCGAACAUCUGUCCGAUGUCUUUGUGAUGGAACCGCAUCCUUUCGAUAGUCGGUUGAUGAUGAGCGCUGGCUACGACUCACAGGUGAUCCUCUGGGAUAUCGAGAAGGGUGUCAUGCUAAACAAAUUCUUGUUGGAAGCCGGUGUCAAUCAGAUUCAGAUUUCCGACGGUUGUUUCUCACCCGACGGUAUGCAAUUUGGUGUCACCACUACCUUUGGAAAGUGGUAUCUGUUUGAGCUGGGUGGCGAGUCGGCACUUACCUCUGGAAGAAUAGAGAAUACUCCGUGCGAACAGUUCUUCCACACCGAUUACCAGCCUGUCGUUCGUGAUAUUCAUGGCAAUGUGUUGGACGAGCUCACUCAGACACCGCCACACAUGAUGCCACAGCCAACCUUGAUCAACUAUCAAGGUGCUGCCUACAGUUACCAACCUAUUAUUCCACCUCGAGGAAUGCCACCCUAUUCAGAGUCACCUCAGUACUCUAGUGACAUACAGCGAUUCCGGUACUUUGACAAAUAUGAGCGGUCGAUUCAGGCACGUCCAAAACCAGUCGAUCGCAAUGCACUCGCCGCAGCUACGCCAGCAAUGGUUCCAAUGGUGAUUGACCCACCUCCGGCAAAGAAAGCAGCUGCUAGCAGCACAGCUAGAAGUGGUGGAGCUAAUAGCAAUAGUGCUGCCGGUGGAAACACCAGUAAUAGGAGAAACAGCCAAGAUUCAGUGGAUGUUGAUGAUACCGAUGACUUUGAUUUCCCACUGCCAAGCGAUAGUUCCGAUGAGAGUUUUAUUGCUCCAUCUUCAGAGGAUGAGGAAGAAGGAGAAGGAGAAGAAGAAGAAGAGGAAUAUGGAGCUGGCAGUAGUGUAUUCGAUGGGAAUGGAGGUGACCAGUCCGAUCAGAGUAUGGAGAGUGAUAAGGAUGAUGACGACGACGAGGACUAUGAUGAAGCAGAGAAUGGCUCGGACGAAGAGGACAAUCUCAUUCAAACGAGAAGUCAAUCAAAGAAGGUGUUGGAGCGAAAGAAACAAAGAAUACUACGUAGUAAUAAGGUGCUUACUAGGAGUAGAGCUACCUCCAAGGAAUUGGAUGAAAUCAUGGAGACUCUAGGAUUACCGGAUGAUAUUGAAUCGGAAGACGAUGAUAAUGACGAUCCAACUAUUACCUACGAUGAGAAUGGUAACUCUACAAUGGUUACCAAUAGACGUGCUAAUCAUCCGACCAACAACAUUGCAUCCAACAAAAUCGAUUUUAGAGGUCAGUUGAAUGGUAAUGAUUACGAGGAAGAUGAAUAUCUAUCGGAUGAUGAAAACGAUGAGUCCGAUGACGAUGAUCAAGAUUAUCAACAGUCAGAUGAUGAGGAUCAGGAAAUGACAUCAGAUAAAGACGACAACAAUAAUAAUAGUAAUAGUAUGGAGAAACCUGUAAAGAGAAAGAGAAAGCCAAAGUUUGCACUUAGUAAGAAACAUCAUUUGACUCAUUCCACUGGCAGCAACAGAGGUACCACUAAAAAGAAGACCAAUAGUAAAGCUAAUGUUACUGCCGCCAAGAAAGAAUCGAUAUGUCCGAAAUGGUUGCGAGUUGAAUCAGUCAACCCAUUGGAACCAUCGUAUUCACCACAAAUCGGUGACAGCGUUAUCUAUUUCCAUCAAGGUCAUAAGAAAUACAUUGAAACAUUCCCAGAUGAAACUGAACAAGUUGAACAAUCUCAACUUUCUACCGCUGAGGAAUGUAAUAUUAUAAAUAUUAAAUAUAUUAUUGCAUCACCAAAGUCUGUAAAUCCAGGAUUACAUCAAGCAGAGAUUACUCUUUCAGUGUUGAGUACUGGACAUACGAUAAGUGUCCUCUAUCAUGUAAGUGAUAUUCCAGAUUACCUGGUGUUGGCAUCGAGAGUUAGGAAAUCACUAGAGAGUCAUUGGGCAAGUGAUGAUCAAUUCAAGAUGUUCUAUAUCGAUGAGAAUCAAUGGUUCACAGGUGUAAUCACAGAGGUAUCGCCAUCUGAUCCAACCUAUCCUGACAGUCUGUGGGAGCGUAUCGUAGUUCGAUGGGAUCAAGACGGUGGUGAAGGUCGUGUCAGUCCAUGGGAGAUUGAACUCGUCCACGAAAAGACAUCUUCCACCCCCGACAACAACGACAACAACAACAACACACAAGACGAUCCAUACCAAACAUUAAUCUACAAACUAUUACAUUCAACAGAGAAUAACAACAAAGAUAAAAGUGAAAUCAUUGAUAGUGAAGGUGAAAUUGUUGAUGAGGAUAUUUGUGAAUUGUAUAGAGAACCAGUUGAUUUGGAGUUGUAUCAGCUAUAUAUACAUUAUGUUGCUCAUCCAAUGGAUUAUGGAACACUGCUAUCUAGGUUGGAGAAUAAUUAUUAUCGUCGUGUGGAGGCAGUUCGAUUCGAUGCCGAGUUGGUCAUGAGGAAUGCAUUCACCUAUAACCAACCGAAUACUACUAUUGCCAGGAAUAGUAAGACAAUCUAUCAGAGUGUUUUGGCGGUGCUAAAAGACUAUAUGGAUAAGGAUUAUCUCAGUAAUCUGAAUGAUGAUUCAUUACUCAAUCAAUCGCAACCCGACGAUUCUAAAGAGAAUUCACAAUUGGUGACCAAUAGCAAUGGUAUUAGUGGUAGUAGUGUUGAGAAGAAAGAUGAAAGAGAUGGAGGAAAGAUGCUUGCAGAGGUAGAUACCAGCGAUGACAUUGACUUGGAUGACGAGUUAUUAAAUUUAACUUCAACAACAACAACUACAACAACAACAACUACAUCAAACAAUAACAAUAGUAAUGUUAUUGUUCCUGGAACACCAAGAAGAACAAGAUCCACUGUAAAUAAUAAUAAUAAUAAUUUAAUGCCAAGUACACCAACAAGAAGAACUAGAUCACUUAUGUUACAGCAGCAACAACAACAGCAACAACAUCAACAACCUAAAUCUAAACCACGUGUAUUAACAAGACUGAGGUUAAGACAACAACAAUAUGAAGAUGAAGUCGGUGAAGAUGAAGAAGAAGAGGAAGAAGAGGCAGCAGAGGAGGAAGAGAAUUUCGGAGAAGAAUCACAAGACGAUGAUAACGACAGUUUCCAAAAAACAAAUAACAAUCUUUUUAGUGAUUUCGAAGAGGAUGACGACGACUUGCUAUCCAAGAAGAGAAAGAAUAUUAUUGAAGAAGUAUCACCAAUUCAGAAAAGACAAAGGGUAUCAAAUAGAAACCUAAUGUCUGAUUCCGAGGUUGAAGAAGAAGAAGAUAUUUGA